UAAAAAAUAUUUCCGCAAUUUAGUUAUUUCAACUUGUUUUUUUGUGUAGAGAUAACUAGAUUGUCCAGACAACAAGAAAUUUUAAGUUUUCUUGUCCUCAACUAGACUGAAAGUUGAAUGAACAAGUAAAAUGGUUAUUUUAACUCAAAAAUGUAUGUUUAAACAACUGCAAUAGACUUUCUGUUGAAUUAACAAGUAUAAUUGUUAUUUUAAUUUAUAAAUGUAAGUUGAAACAACUGCACAAAAUUUUCUGCAGGUUUUACUUCAAUUCUAAUGCUUUAAUAGCAGUAAACUAAACAAUUUACUGUGUAAACUAAACUUAAUUUAUCUAUCUAUCUUGCUGUCUGGUAGAUUGCAUUGUCUUAAACCCUGAACUUCAAGCUUUUAAAACCGCUUUAAACAUAAAUCUUCAAACUUAACGACAUUAAAUCUAUUUCAAACUUUCUGCUCAGGUUUUCUCAAGCCAAUGUCAAUGGUUGUCUUGUAGUUAUCACUACUGUGGUAUAUAUAAAUUAAUUACAGUGUAUUUUAUUUUAGUGUGUACAUUAAAAAUAGUUGUUUACAAUUAUGAGCACAGAUUAAUUAAAUUACACCAAAAAUUUGUCAAGCUGCUUCAGUUUUUAUUCAUGGUCAGAUUCCAAUUCAUCAUGGGUGGAAUUGGGCGAUUCAUGAACAAUGAACCGCUCAAGAUGAUUCGCUGAAUCAUUUUUUUUCCUCUGAGAAUUUUCGAGAGAAGCCAGCGGAAACUGGAUGAUUUUCCAUGUUGGACAACACGUGUCUUCAGAAGAAAUUGAGUGAUACAGAGUUCAGUCAAGUUGAUUAAAAGCUGCUCGUUCACCAACUGGACCAAACCGGAUUUUUACCUCAGUCACUUCAUCAGAUGCAGAGCGCCAGAUAUAGGUUCAGUCAAGUUGAUUAAAAGCUGCUCGUUCACCAACUGGACCAAACCGGAUUUUUACCUCAGUCACUUCAUCAGAUGCAGAGCGCCAGAUAUAGGUUCAGUCAAGUUGAUUAAAAGCUGCUCGUUCACCAACUGGACCAAACCGGAUUUUUACCUCAGUCACUUCAUCAGAUGCAGAGCGCCAGAUAACGUAUAGGUUCAGUCAAGUUGAUUAAAAGCUGCUCGUUCACCAACUGGACCAAACCGGACUUUUACCUCAGUCACUUCAUCAGAUGCAGAGCGCCAGAUAUAGGUUCAGUCAAGUUGAUUAAAAGCUGCUCUUUCACCAACUGGACCAAACCGGAUUUUUACCUCAGUCACUUCAUCAGAUGCAGAGCGCCAGAUAUAGGUUCUGUCAAGUUGACUAAAAGCUUGUUCACCAACCAGAUUUUUUUUACCUCAGUCACUUCACUUCAUCUCAGUUGCAGAGCACCAGAUACAGGUAUGUUGGUGUUAAUGUGAAGAUGAAGUGGACUUGUAAGUACUGCAUUUUUGACAGUACAAAAAGAAAAAUUAUCAUUCAGCAUUACAAAUUAAAACAUGGACAUCAUGGGAGGACCUGUCCUUUGCCAUGUAUUUACCAAGAUUGUGUCUGCUCCUUUAGAACUCAGGCAACACUGAUAAGACAUUUGCAUACGCAUCAUGCAAAAUCUGUCGAUCACGUGAAUUCCCGGGUGAAGUGUAACCUCUGCAGUUUCUCAGAGGCCUGCAAUUUGAAGCAGUACUUCUCCCACCUGGGCAUUCACUUGAAAAACAAUGAAAAUGUCCAGUGCCCAUUUGAAGACUGCAGUUUUCAAACUUGUGUGUUCUCUACAUUUGCGGCUCACAGAAGUAAAAGACACCAUUCCCAAAAUACUGGACAUUUUAAAGCAGAGUUAAUUUCAUGUCAAAUCGAAGAGGUUGAGGAAAGGUUUGAACAUACAGAUAAUCAACCUGCGGACAGCCUACCAGCCGAAGGGUGUUGGCACCCAGUCCAGUCCAGUCCAUUGCAUUCCAAUCCAGAUCUUCCUGUUGAGGGCUUGAUUCAACAUAAGUUAGCUUCACUGUUUUUACGCAUGGAAGCCAUUUUACAUGUCUCAAAGACAGCCAUUCAAGAAAUAGUUGAAGAACUUGGAAGCAUUGGUAGUAAUGUUGGAGAGCUUGCUGAGAUGUCAGUUAAACAGGUCUUAAACAAACACAACUGUUCAUUGGAUUCCUCAGUUAUUGCUGCCAUUACCGAAACGGUCUUGGAAACAAAUCCUUUAGCCUUUUUGUCCAAAAGGGGUCCUCUUAGCUCUAUUUACAAAAGAACAACAUACUACAAAGAUAAUUUCACUGUGAUAGAACCUGUAGAAUACACUCUUGAUGCUUCUCGGAAAAACACAUUUGUUUAUGUACCAAUUUUAAAAGUUUUAACUGCGCUGUUGAAUCGAAGUGACGUCCUUGACAAGGUUUUACAGUCAGACCAAGCAGAUACAUGGAAACAUCCUGAAACAAUUAAAACAUUUAGGGAUGGGCUGUAUUUUAAGGACAACAAGAUCCUUUUUUCAGAUGAAUUGCGCAUAGCCCUUGGACUUUACAUUGACGAUUUUGAAGUGUGUAACCCUUUGGGCACUUCAAGGAAAAAGCACAAACUUUGUGCCAUUUACUGGUUAAUUGCAAAUCUUCCAGGAAGAGACCGGUCCACUUUAUCAUCCAUCUACCUUGCAACAUUAUGUAAGACCAAGGAUGUCAAAGAGUAUGGAUACGACAAAAUUCUUGAACCGCUUCUUUCAGACGUUGAAGUACUUGAACAACAUGGAGUGUUUGUUCAGACACUGGGUGCAAGUAUAAGAGGAACAAUACUCUAUGUGUCUGCAGACAAUUUAGGCGCACACUCGCUUGCUGGAUUUCAAGAAAGUUUUUCAACAAACAAGUUCUGCAGAUUUUGUUUGGCAGCACGUGAUGAGAUUCAGACACAUGAAGUUAGAGAGAGGAGGUUCCCAAAGAGAACGGAGGAGUUGCAUGAGCAGACUCUUUGUGAAAUUCAGAAGAACAAGGAUUCACACGCAGUAGUAGAUGGUGUUAAGAGGGACUGUCCUCUUAACAGACUUGCACAUUUCUCCACCAUGAAAGGCUUUCCCCCUGACUUUCUCCACGACGUCUUUGAAGGUGUUGUACCCCUGGAGCUAAGUCUUUGUUUGAAGAAACUGAUUCAGAAGAAAUAUUUCACAUUGGACGAGUUGAAUGCCGCAAUUCAGUCCUUCCCAUAUAGAUUUUCUGACAAAACAAACCGACCACAGCAGAUCUUAAAAUCAUUCCAACUGAAAGGUUCUUUAGGAGGCAACGGACAUGAAAACUGGAGCCUUCUGCGGUUAUUACCUUUGAUUAUUGGUUCAAAAGUUCCAGAAAAUGAUGCAACCUGGAGUUUAAUUCUUGAACUGAAGGACAUUGUUGAGAUUUUAGCCUCAUCUCAGUUUUCCACAGAGAGUUUGGACUACCUUGAUUCAAAAAUAUCAGAUCACCGGAAAUUGUUGCAAGACGAAUUUCCAGACUUCAGACUCCGUCCAAAGCACCAUUUUAUCGAGCACUAUCCAGAACUAAUCAAAUGUUUUGGACCAGUGAUUGAUUUCUGGACCAUACGAUUUGAAGCAAAACACAGCUUUUUUAAAAAAGCUGUGCAUGACUCUGGAAACUUUAAAAAUGUAAUGCUUACAUUAGCCCAGCGACAUCAGCUGACACUUGCUUACCACCUUGACAUGCCAACUCUUUUCAAGCCAGAUUUAGUGGUUGAUCAUGUUUCAGUUCUGUCCACUGAGUGCCUGGAUCUUUCAUUUAAGCUGGCAGUUAAAUCCAAAUAUUCCAAUGUUACAUCGAUAUCUGUUGCAUCCAGUGCAUGCAUAUAUGGCACCAGGUACUCUGAGGGAAUGUUUCUUUCUGUGGGAUACACCAGUGGGCUUCCAGACUUUGGCAGACUUGUCAAAAUAUUGAUUGUUAUGAACAAACCUGCCUUUCUCAUUGAACCGUAUUCAGCAUGGUACAGUGAGCAUUUCAGAUGCUUUGAACUAACUAAGUAUACCACUUGUGAGUUGAGAGUUGUUGAUCCAGAUGAAUUGAAUGAUUAUCAUCCCUUGUCCUCAUAUGCAGUGCUUGAUAAGAAGCUGAUGAUUUCACCGAAGACAUUCCUCCUUAACUAAAUGCAUUUACUGUUGCCUUUUCUUCUUAGAAACCUGCAACAAAAUGAUUCUUCGUGUGAUUUUGUCCCCUGAGGAUAUUAGGAAAGUUUACAUUGAUCGGCCACAAUCCAUAGAAUCUCUUCUGUCAACACUGAAAAGCAAGCUGAACAUACAAAGUGAUUUUACACUUCAGUAUGAGGAUCCUGAAUUUGACCAUGAGUUGUGCAACCUAACGACUAUCACUGAACUUCCUCCUGAAAAGGCAACCCUUAAAGUUAAUUGUAGAGCACCACCCUCUGACUCUAGCCAGUCAGAUGUGACAUUAGACACAGCGGUUAUGUCAUCAUCGUCUGACUCGAGUAUCAAGAAUGGAAAUCCUGGAUCAAUAACUGCAAGUAGUCGCUCACAGCAAUGGCCUGUUUCUUUUCCCAUUCCAAGCUUUUCAUAUGAUGUAGAAUUACGUUUGAAACGUGGAAAUGAGCAAUAUGCUAAAGAUGGCUCACUGCUCAGCCUAUCCAAGGAUGUUAAAUCUGAGAUUCUUGACAAACUUGCCACUGCAAUCUAUUCUUACAAGGCGUACCCAUCCAAUGAGGAGUUCGAGUCUGUUUCAAGGGCUCUCACAGAGACACAUCCAUGCCUUAAAGAACCGGGAUCGGCCACAGGGUGGUAUGGAUGGAAAAUAAGCCUUAAAUUCAAAAUGGGAAACUUCCGAAGUAAACUUCGUGAUGCUGGAUGUCCAGAGCUUACUGUUACUAGUGAAAAAUGCCAUGCUUCAGAUAGAAAAAAAUACAAAGUCAAGAAACCCCGAAGAUCGGAGACCAAUUUUCUACCGGACUUACCUGCUGGAUCAAGUUAUACUGCUUUGGAGACUGAAAGGAAAGAUAUACAGUGUGAGAUGACAAAAAAAAAUCCAGACUGGCAUGUAAUUGAUGCAGCUAUGGAGAAAACUUUCUGUGCCAGAAGAAAGGAGAUUGUAGAAGAUGAGCCCACAGUAUCAGAAAUAAGGAGGAGAUGGCCUGCACUUUUCACUCAAAGACAAGUUGCUCUUGAAUUCUGUAGGCUUGUCUCCAUUGAUUUAAAAAGAACAUUCUUCGAAGGGCUUGACAAGCAUGACUACCCAGGCUCCUGCAAUUAUACACCAAGCGAAGCAAUGAAGUUCCAGAACUUCUGAAUGUGUUGAAGUGUCUGGAUGAACAGAGUUGUAACCAGAAGAAGAGGGGAGCAGUUAUUUUGGGCCUUCCAUACUACAUGAGGGAGAAACCAGAAAACGUCUUCAAAGUUUGUGAGCCGACUGACAAUGAGGUCGAUGUUGUUCAGAGUGUUAAGGUGGGCAUCUUGUCAGUGAGCGAGGACACCAGACAAGAUUGUGCCUUCCCAGACGACGUCGUGAAUAUGGCUGUGAUACUGGAGGGGGAGAUUGUCAUUGUGGAUCUCCAAGACAUUCCAAAUGCCUUUGUCACAUUGUUUGGACUGCUUUACGCUUUAAACAUCAGCUAUCCCAAAGAGCUGCGAUACACCUUUGAGGUGAUCCAGCGGAUCUUUAUGAACAUUGAUGGGGAAAGCUGCUCCGCUAAAGUUCAUGGACUGAAAAACCAACUAAUGCGGUGAAGUGCCUGCAACCUUUGCUAUGUCCUUUUUUUUUUUCCUCUCUUUUUUUUUUUUUUUUUUUUUUUUUUUUAAGAGUAAUGUUCAAUUUAAUUGAUGAAUUUGUUAAAGCAUCAGCUAAGUUGAGAUUAAGGAGGUAUGAAACCAAUUCAUACGUCUUUUAAUGUGUUAAUGCUUUUCAGAGUUUCUUUUUGAAAGGAAUGUUGUGAACAGGAUGUUUCUAUAUUGUAUGUUGUGGGAGUGGCAUUUUAAAGUGUUUAGUUUAAUUGAUGAAUUUGUUGAAGCUUGAGAGCAUAAAAAAUUGAUAACCUAGUUUAUAUUAAAAUGGCAUUUAAGCCAAUUCAUAAGUCUAUAAUGUGUUUAACAAUGUUUUAACAUUUUCUUUUGGAACAAAGGAUAUUUCUAUAUUGAAUGCUGUGGGGUGAUCUUGUUUAAUGUUAUGUAACAGAUUAAUCCACAAGACUUGCAUUGAGACAGGUGUAAAACACCUUUCAAUUAGUUUUUUUCUGGUGUUUUUAGGAGUUAAUUGCAAUAAACUUUGUACUGAAAAUUGUAUUAGUGAUUGUUAAUUUGCCAUACAUUUUUGUUUAAAUCAAAUGUAGCUUACAAAUUAAUGUUCAAGUAGUAAUUCAUUAUUUGGUUCUGCUGCAGGUUUUAAAGUUUCAAAACACCACUUUAG